UGAACUGUUUGAACAAGGACUGUAAGAGUUGCUUUGUGAUCAGUGAGCUGAGAGCCUUUACCAUGUAAAAUGCAGGGGAGGAGCCUUUAGCUUCAGAUUGUGCUGAAAUUUUUUUUGUUUGUUAUACAUAUGAAAGACUCCGGAUACACAAUGCAGAGAGGCUGGAACAGAACUGGCUCUGCACAGUCCAGAGAAAAGAGAUAAAGGUGUCAAUCAGACUGAGACAGGACAGUCUUCUGCAUCUGCAAAGGCGAGCUUGGAAUUCCAGAGAGGAGACUCUGCAUGGAUUCUGUAGGAACCUGGGAAUAUCCUCUAAAUGGCAGGGGAAAGCUCCUGAUUCCCUGAAGAUUAUUUUUAUCACUGGAACUGAAUCUUUUGUGCCAAUAUGACAUUUUCCAUUUUCCAGUCUAACAACUGAAAUAACAGGCUGCGUGGCUUGGAAUGGACAUUCCGAAGGGGCAGCUUUGAGAGGCUACAAUGGCUCUGGCAUCUCCAAAGGCCAUGCUGGGGGACCUGCUGCAACCAGAAGAGCCACCACUUGAUAAUGAAAACUGUCACCAUUUCCUGUCUGCAAACAUCAUCGCAGUAGUGGAAAGAUGUAUGAGCUCUAUGCAAGCUGGUACCCAGAUGAUCAAACUCCGGGGCAGUUCCAAAGGACUAGUCCGGUUCUAUUACCUUGAUGAGCACAAGUCGUGUAUUCGCUGGAGACCAUCGCGAAAGAAUGAGAAAGCCAAAAUCUCCAUUGACUCCAUGCAGGAGGUGUGUGAGGGGAAGCAGUCGGAGAUCUUCCAGCGCUACGCCGAUGGCAGCUUCGACCCCAACUGCUGCUUCAGCAUCUACUAUGGAGACCACAUGGAGUCUCUCGACCUGGUGUCCUCCAGCGGGGAGGAGGCGCGCACCUGGAUCACGGGGCUCAAGUACCUGAUGGCAGGGAUCAGCGAUGAAGACAGCCUGUCAAAACGGCAGAGGACCAGAGACCAGUGGUUGAAGCAAACCUUUGAUGAGGCCGAUAAGAAUGGUGAUGGCAGUUUGAGUAUUAACGAGGUGCUCCAGCUGAUGCACAAACUGAAUGUGAACCUCCCCCGACAGAAAGUCAAGCAAAUGUUUAAGGAGGCUGAUACGGACGAUAACCAGGGCACGCUGGGCUUCGAUGAGUUCUGCGCCUUCUACAAGAUGAUGUCAACGCGGCGUGAUCUGUACCUGCUCAUGCUCACCUACAGCAACCACAAGGACUAUCUGGAUGCGGAUGACCUGAAGCGCUUCCUUGAGAUUGAGCAAAAGAUGACCAGUGUGACCAAGGAGUACUGCCUGGAAAUUAUCAAUCAGUUUGAACCGUGUUUGGAGAACAAGAAGCAGGGGGCUCUGGGAAUAGACGGCUUCACCAAUUACACACGGAGCCCAUCGGGGGACAUCUUCAAUCCAGAACACUACCAGGUGAACCAGGACAUGACCCAGCCUUUGAGCCACUACUUCAUCACCUCUUCCCAUAACACCUACCUCAUGGGGGAUCAGCUGAUGUCUCAGUCUAGGGUGGACAUGUACGCCUGGGUGCUGCAGUCUGGCUGCCGCUGCGUGGAAGUUGACUGCUGGGACGGGCCAGACGGCGAGCCAAUUGUCCACCAUGGAUACACCCUCACCUCCAAGAUACUCUUCAAAGAUGUGAUUGAAACCAUCAACAAAUAUGCCUUCAUCAGGAAUGAGUAUCCUGUUGUUUUAUCCAUUGAGAACCACUGCAGCGUUCUUCAGCAGAAGAAGAUGGCUCAGUAUCUGAUCGAAAUCCUAGGGGACAAGCUGGACCUGUCUUCAGUGCGCAAUGAGGAUUCCACCAAACUGCCUUCCCCAGAAAGUCUUAAAGGAAAGAUAUUAGUGAAGGGCAAGAAACUUCCAGCCACCAUCAGUGAUGAUGCAGAGGAAGGGGAAGUGUCUGAUGAGGACAGUGCUGAUGAGAUUGAUGAUGACUGCAAACUAAUGAAUGGAGAUGCUUCUACCAAUCGGAAGCGAGUAGAGAAUAUAGCAAAGAAGAAACUUGACUCGCUGAUAAAGGAAUCCAAAAUCCGUGAUUGUGAAGAUCCAAACAAUUUUACAGUCACCACUCUGCCACCAUCUGGGAAACUCAGCCAAAAGUCGGACAUCAAGAAGAACAAACUUGAGGAUGAAGUGGAAUCUGGGGAAGACUCAAGCACCAACAAACGGUACAGCCGAUCACUGAUGGGCAGCUUUUCCAAACGCAAGAAAAAAGGAAGCAAAUUGAAAAAGGCAUCCAGCCUGGAAGAAGGUGAAGAUGACCUAGACUAUCAAGGAAACUUAGCCAGGGGCGCAAUGCAUUAUAGCAGGAUGAGCAGACAGAAGAAAACAAUGAAGCUUUCCCGGGCUCUCUCUGACCUGGUGAAGUAUACAAAGUCUGUUGGGAUCCAUGAUGUUGAAACUGAAAUCUCUUCCAGUUGGCAGGUCUCAUCUUUCAGCGAGACAAAGGCCCACCAGAUACUCCAGCAAAAGCCAGCACAAUAUCUACGUUUCAACCAACACCAGUUGUCCCGCAUCUACCCGUCUUCCUAUCGUGUAGAUUCCAGCAAUUACAAUCCCCAGCCCUUCUGGAACGCUGGCUGCCAGAUGGUUGCAUUAAACUAUCAGUCAGAGGGGAGAAUGCUGCAGCUGAACCGGGCCAAGUUCAAUGCCAAUGGGAAUUGUGGCUAUAUCCUCAAACCGAAGUGCAUGUGUCAAGGUGUCUUUAACCCAAAUUCUGAAGACCCGCUCCCCAAUCAGUUGAAGAAGCAGCUGGUGUUGAGGAUAAUCAGCGGGCAACAGCUACCGAAGCCCCGGGACUCCAUGCUGGGAGACAGAGGAGAGAUUAUAGAUCCAUUUGUAGAGGUAGAGAUCAUAGGGUUACCAGUGGACUGCUACAAAGAGCAAACUAGAGUAGUUGAUGAUAAUGGUUUCAAUCCAAUGUGGGAGGAGACUCUGGUGUUCACAGUGCACAUGCCAGAGAUUGCACUGGUUCGCUUUCUGGUGUGGGAUCAUGAUCCAAUUGGGCGGGAUUUCAUUGGCCAGAGGACGAUAGCUUUUGCCAGCAUGAUGCCAGGCUAUCGGCAUGUGUACCUGGAAGGCAUAGAAGAAGCGUCCAUCUUCGUUCAUGUAGCUAUUAAUGACAUCUGUGGUAAGGUCAAGCAAGCUCUGGGCUUAAAAGGUCUAUUUCUCAGAAAUCCAAAACAGGCCUCGCUAGACAGUCAUGCUGCUGGUCAGCUCCAUCGCAAACACUCCUUUAGCAGCCACAUCUUACGGCGGACGGCCAGCGCCCCUACCAAGAGUCAGAAGAAGAAGAAGAAAGGCUUUCCUGAGAUUGUUAUCGACGCCAGAGACAACAGCUCUGAAGGGGCCAGUGAAGACCGCGAACUGGAAGAUUCUUCACAGCCUCGCUUUGACAAAGAGCCGGAAAGCUCCUCUCCAUCGCUGGCUCCCAGAGAGGGGGCCAAUGGAGAGGUACAUGGCAAAGAGUUGAAAGGUAAGGCUCAUAGUUCUGGGAAAGGUAAACACCAAACUCGUACUCAUGGGGGUGCAACUUUCAGUGAGCCCACACGGAGGUCCAACAGGGUCCGUCUUCAGGAGCACCAGCAGGAGAAACAGAGUGUCUUUGCACGUUGCGCCAUCAAUGGCUCUGGUAGGAUCGGAGUGGCAACCAAUUGCAUGAAAUGCAUGAUUGGUUCCAAGGAGAGCCCCGAUCUAGAAUGCAAGUGGAGUGACCAUGCUACCAGGCCAGUCGCUAAAGAUCUGCUGCACCAUGAUCAGUAUAGCAGUAUAACGGGAGACGAGAGGUUAGAACUAAAAAAUUGGGGUAUAACAGAGCAACCCAGGCCUUGGUCAGAUUUGCAGACUUGCAGCAGCCUUGGAACGGCCAGUGAUCAACCAAGGAGCACUCAGUCUUUUGUGACUCCAGGGAAGAAAAAUGGUGAAACUAAAUGUCAUGGGAUGAAAGGUCAUCCCCGGCAGAGGUGGCAGUGCCAAUCAGGUGGCAAGUAUGGAAGCACUGUCAACUUGGUGACAGCCAGCAAUGGCUCAAUAUCCUCCAACUCCAGCAGUCUAGAGAGUCUUGGAAGCCCAGAAUUCCCCAAGCGCUUGUCUGAGAAUUCCCGAAGGCAAGUGGGCACCCUUCAGAGGGAAAUGAAUGCCUUGUUCGUUCAAAAAUUGGAGGAGAUUCGAAGUAAAUCCCCUAUAUUCUUUACUGGUAUCUGCCAGCUCUCAAGGCAGAGGUCAGUCACUACUUUAUGCAGCCUAGAAACUAUGACCGAAGAGCCCAUCAUUGCCAAUGAAAAACAACAUGCUGGUUCUUGCAUCCCUCAGCCUGUUAACCCCAGCAAUGAUUCUGAACAAGGGUCUGUGUCUCAUCAUUCCAGUGAAUCUAGAUUGGCAGGAAGUAGCCCAACAGACCAACCUGAGAAAGCUCCUCUUGCUCAUGAACCACGAGCAGGCUUGGCUUCAGAAGACCAAGUGCUCGUAACUCCAGCAGCCACAAGCAUGUUGGGCCAGGAAGAUGAAAGUAGAAGCACAAAGGGACCACUCGAAGAUGGGGGUGACUGGGAAAAGAUCCAGGGUAGCAGAGAAGAUCAGUCUGGUUUGGCAGUGUAUCCUCAACGAACCUGGGGGAAGUUGGCACCAAGGGAUACUUCAAUUCAUUCCACUGAAAACUGUCAGAAGCAACAAGACCAUGUAGAUCAAAUGUUACCAGAUGUGAACUGCAUUGCCGAACCCAUAAGCCAGAAGGAUGGUGCCACAACCAGCCCACCACGACCAAGCCACCUGAGUAACAGCACCCAGCCGACUUUGCCUCCAGAUGCUUUCCAAAGAAUCCAGCCUGCCUGGGCUCCAGCUGCUUCUGUUUCUCUGACCAGCUCUCACGUGUUAGUGAGGAGGUCAAAGAGCGAAGGGCACAAGAAUUUCGACUACUCAGCCUUAAUGAAAAAUCCAAGUAGCCUGUCCCCGGCAGCAGAAGUGUACUCUGAUGCCACUGUUCAUGACCAGAUCUGGAGCAGGCUAGAUUCCAGCAGUCAUCGGGACAGCAUGUCUUCCUCCUCCAGCAUGUCAUCCAACGACACUGUGAUAGACCUCUCCCUGCCCAACCUAGCUCGCAAAAGCCUUCCAGAUCUAGGAACCCGUCAUGAAAACAUUGAGACCGUUGCUGUGAGAAAGGGCAUGCGCCCCCGGUCUGCUACGACAUCUGGUAAUGAAAUGCCAGUAGUGACCAAGAGCAAAUCCAAUCCCAACCUGCGGGCCGGUCAGAUAUCAAUUGAUGAGCUGCACCCCAGGCCGCUGGCCAGGGUUCCUCAAGAUGCAUUAGCCUCCAUCCCGAGGAGGCAUACCUGGAGCAGGCUCUACAUGGAAAGUCUCAAACAGUCUUCUGUCAAGUCCAAAGCCCAGGAUAAAGCAGGGACCAGCCAGGCAAAAUCCAAAAGCCUUGGGGAUCUCACCUCCGAUGACAUCGUGUGCACUUUUGAAAGCAAGUACCGGAGCAUCAGCAGAAGCUUCGUCACUAAGUCGAUGCGAGAGCAACGCCGCUCCUCAGGCAUGAGGUCCUCGGCCAAGCCCCAGGACCAACUGACUGAGCAGCUGAAGAAGCUGACAGCCUUUCAGGAGGAAAACGACAUCACCUCCCCCACUAGCCUCGAGCCAGUUGAAUCCGAGGAGGAAGAGGAGGGCUUGCUCCUCCGCAGGUCAUCCUCUCGCAGCCAGAGCAGGGUGCGGUACAUUGCCAACCGAGCCAAGCAAGCCCAGGAGAGGCAGCGGUUGCAGAGCCUGGGUCAGAUCAACGGGAGCCCCAUUGAGGAGAGGGGAAACCCUGAGGGAGCCUGCUGCAUUGCAAAAGGAGUUUGUACGGAUUUAGCUUCCCCCAGUCUAAAGAACCAAACGGAUUUUAACCAGGACACUGAGGUCUUCUUCAUGCUGAAACUCUAAUGCUGGGAAGCGCUGAACAAGGUCGAUAUUUACAUUCCUGUCCAAGCAAAACUCCGAAACCCAAGAGGCAUGAAAUGCCCACACACGAGAUAACAUUUCUUCGCCCCCAUUAAAGAUAAAGCAACCAAAGAGAUGGGCUGUGAAGAGAUGGAUGACAGCGUAUUGGACAUCCAGAAUUAGGGCAGGCCCAGUGGAGUCAGUGGCUUGCAGAUACGGUUUCAGUUUUAAGGGUCUGGGGUUUUGGGGUGGCUUGUUUUGUUUUGGCAGCCUCUAAUCUGGCCUUUUUUUUCUAUCUGGCCACCAAUUUGCACCUGCAGUUAUCUGUGCGCUCAAGCUACAUUGCCUCUGCCUUCCAGGUAAACCUCUGUGUGACACUAGUGGUGCCCACAGCUACUUGCUCCUGCAAACUGCGGUCCAUAAAGGGAGGCCUAGCUUUAAAAUCUGGCCCCUGGCUGUUUUUCAGAAGAGGCAGAGGCACUCUGAGAUAGUCAAAGCCACAGUGUAGCUGUUUUCUGUGUUAAUAAUCUAGACAGCAGAGUCCACCACCCAGCCUGGUCUUGUAUGUUCCAGUGAAAGUCCCCAUUGCCUCAUUCUUUUAAGCUGAGGAAGAGGAAUCUCUCCAUGUUCAGAAGCAGUGCUUUUUAACCCAGUCUGUCCAUGUAUACAAACUGUGUUGAGUUAUUGUUUCAGAACCUAAUUUUGAGGGAGGAGGAAGGUGCUAGAAAACAGACAGGAAAUGUCUUCUAUUGACUUUGUUUAGCUCUGCAAUAGCUAAAAUGAUGCUACUAUUCCUUUGAAAAGAGAAUUGACCCUUUUAGGUGAGAUUUUAACCAUGCUGCUGUACAUAGCACCUUCAGGAUGAAUUUUUCUGUUAUGCACUGCCAUACAAGAUUUUUGAGCAUAUGUUUUAAAAAGAGAGAUAUAGAUACAGAUAUAUAUAUAUAUAUAUAUACAGAUUUUUAGAUGAACAUAUUUAGAAUUAAACCCAACCUAAAUGGAAUAAUUUUUUCAUUUUUUUAACCUUUUUUAUUUUUAGUUUAUUUUUGUUAGGAUUAUCAUUUGUUGUUUGAGACUAGAUGUACAUUUUAUUGGUGGGGAAGGAGAAUGUUUGUCUAGAUGUGUUUUUAAAGUGGAGCUAAAGUUUUAAUUUUAUUUUCAGUCUGCCUAAUCCCUUUUAUUGGGGAUAUUUUUGUUUUUGUUUGUAAUGAUUCCUCUCUGGAUAGUUCAAAAUUUUAAAAUCUAUUUGUAAAGCCGUCUGAUACUACUCAAAUAAAAACAUUUAACCUUU